GGUGGGGGAGCCGAGCGCUGUGACCAAGGGCCAAAGCUGGGAGAUUGAAAAAUGAAGACCACCAAGGCACUGCUCAUUUCUGCAGUUCCAAUGCGUUCCUGUACCAGGGGUCUACUCAGGCCUGUGUCUGCUUCCCUCUUGAGUAGACCAGAGGCCCCAUCUAAACAGUCUUCCUGCAGCAGCUCCCCUCUCCAGGUGGCCAGACGGGAAUUCCACCAGUGUUGUUUCUGGGACUUGGACACAGCCGCCAAGUUCAAUGGUGCUGGGGCUGCCACAGUUGGUGUGGCUGGAUCAGGGACUGGCAUUGGAACUGUGUUUGGUAGCUUGAUUAUUGGCUAUGCCAGGAACCCGUCUCUCAAGCAACAACUCUUCUCCUAUGCCAUUCUGGGCUUUGCCCUGUCUGAGGCCAUGGGGCUCUUCUGUUUGGUGGUCGCCUUCCUCGUCCUCUUCACCAUGUGAAUCUCCGUGGGGUCACCCAG